GGCUGUGUUGACUCCCGCCCCCAGUGGCCUCGGCUCCACUUCCUGUCUGCUAUAACUUCACUAUUCAUCAUAACCAACACAGCAGGGUAGCGUUCGCACAGCGGCUGAUAACGCCUGAUGAACACAAAGCUGCCUGGGACUGAUCAUGACACAGCAGGAGCAGCAGGAGUUCACAGAGAGCCUGGAGGCGGCCCUCUCCUGGAUGCGGGCCAUCCAGGAGAGGCUGAAGGCCAAUGACAAUACCCAGGGGCCCCGUGAUGCCCUGGAGGGCCGACUCAGGGAAACAGAGAAAAUCCAUCAGUCGGAGCAUGAGGGUCGUGUGAAAAUGGACAUGGCGCUGGUGGCAGCUGAGAACCUUUUGCAGAGCGGAGACGAAGAGCUGAGGAACCAGACCCACGCUAAGCUCAAAGACCUGAAGAGCCUGUGGGAGGAGACCUGCACUUAUAUCAUCCACUGUCACAGUCGCAUUGAGUGGGUGUGGCUCCAUUGGGGCGAGUACCUGAAGGCCUAUGAGGAGUUUGAGCUGUGGCUGACAAGGCAGCAGCGCAGUCUGGAUGUUGGGGUGGAGCUGCAGCUGGGGGUGAAGGAGAAGCUUUGGCAGGUGGACCAGCAGAGGGUAGUGGUGAGCGACAUCCACGGCCAGGCGGCAUUGCUGGAGAGGCUGCUGGACGAGGCUGCUGCACUGUACAACAGAACCCAGGACCCCAGUGUGGAGCCCCAGGCUCAGGAGAGGCUGCAGGAGGCCUACAACGAUGUCCGUGACAGAGCUGAGGAGCGCCUGUCGCUGCUUCAGAAGAUCGCUGAGGAGCACCAGACGUACCAAGGAUGCGUUCAAAAGUUCCAGUCCUGGCUGCUGUCAAAAACCAAGGAGCUGACUGAUCUGAUGGAGAGGGAGGAUACAGCUGAGAACAAGCUCAAAGCCUUACAAGCUCUGGACGAUAGCGUGGCUGGCGAGGAGAAGACCCUGCAGCAUAUCGAGGGAGCAGCAGAGGCGGUGAGGGCCAACACUUCUCCUGCUGGGGCAGAGGUGGUGGUGGAAGAGGCUGAGGAGCUGAGGCUCGGCUGGCAGAGGCUGAGGCAGGGCCUGUGUGAGGCUGAUGAGGGUCUGCGCUCCAGCCUGGACUCCCACAGUCAGUACAUGGCCAGAUGCCAGCGGCUGGGAGAAGACAUCAGCCAUCUCAGGGUGCUGCUUCAGGGGCUGGACCACGAACUGGAGGAAGGACGCGGGGCUAAGGAGCGCACUGACCGGACCGAGGAGCAGAUGGUGGGCCAGUGGAGGAAAUACACAGGUGUGAGGAAUACUCUGGCAGGGGAGGAGUCCCAAGUGGAACUGCUCAAGGCUCAGCUCAAGGAGCUCUUCAGGUUCUCAGAGGACUCGCGCCACCUUUCUGAUGAUGUCCUGGCUGUUGUCAAAGAACAUCAGAGUGUGAAAUGCAGAGCAACGAGGCUGUGUUCAGAGUCAGAGUCAGGCCUGAGAAACAUCCUCCAGGACCCGCUGCUGGUCUAUGCACAGUGGAGCCACAUGGUGUCUCAGGUUCUAGAGGCCUCUGCUGAGGUUACUGACUUCUCCCACAUUGCCAUGUUGGUCCAGAACAUAGAGCGUCUGCUGAAGGACAGCAUUCAGCUGCAGGAGCGUCUCAGUCUACUGCAAGUGAAGGGGGACCUGCUGGAAUCUGUGUUUGGUCCCGACAGGUCUGACGGCCUGCAGAGCGAGCUGAGCUCUGCCAUCCGGAACAGAGAGCUGCUGCACACUCAGCUGCUGCAGAGGAAGAGCAGGCUCCAGGGCUUAAUCUCAAGAACCAAGGACUUCGGUGACGCCUAUGAGUUGAUUCGCUCCAAGCUGGCCGGUCUCCGGGACCAACUGGUGGCAGCUGACAGCCUGCAGCCUGACAUCCUGGCUAAGAAAAGCCAGUCAGACCAGUUCAGGGUGAUCCAGAAAGACCUGGAAGACUGUGAAGCCCAUAUCACAGCGCUGGAGACUCUGGUCUCAUCCAGUCAGAGCAACAGGACUCAGUUUGAGAGGCUCUAUGCUGAUUGGAAACAUCUGUACAAGGCAGCUAGGGUGAAGGUGCAAGAGAGUGAGGACAGCAUCGCAGACCACGAGAGCUUCCACGACAGUCUGCUCAACAUUGAGAAGUGGCUAAUGAUCAUGAAGCAGAAGCUAGAGUCCUUCCACGGCCCCUCAGGAGAGUGGAGCAUAGAGGGCCGCCAGCAAGAAGCUGAGAGAGCACUGGGAGAGUUUCCAGAAAAGGAGCUCCAGCUGCAGCAGAUGGAGGUCCAGGGUCAGGGGGUUUUGGAGAGGACUUCAGAGGAGGGACAGGUCCACAUUCUACGAGACAUUAAGCGCCUACGAGAAUCAUGGUUGGCUCUGUACAAUAUGAGUCUCAACCUGCACAGGCUGCUGAACAGCUCCACAGAGCAGACUGAGCCUGACUUAUGGAGAGUUGAAGGCCCGUCUGCAGACAGCACAUCCCUGACAACAAAGCUCAGUGUGGGGGAGGGAGACAGUCAGGUCAGGGCACGAGUCUCCAGGAGCCAGAGAGGCCAACAACAAGACAAGUCAGCUGAGAUGUAUGGAGCUGUGACUAGCUCUGGGCCACGAAGAGGAGGAAGCCUGGAGGCAGAGGCAGGAGAGGGGGUGAUGAUGGGGCAGGGUGGGUGGAUCCAAGGCCAUGGUGAAGGUCACCUCAUUCUGUCUGGACAGGAUAAUAAACAUCUCAGCCCAUCAAGGACAGGCGAGGACAGUGGACGCUCCUUUAAAGGAGAAACAGUAGAUUCUUCUGCAUGGAGCUUUUUCGGCAGAGCACAACAGAAAGGUACCAAAGACACCACUGCUGAUGGAAGCCCCAACAGUGAGACAUCCGCAGUGGGUGGCAGCAGCAUUUUGGCCGGAGACAGAGGGGGUGCAGCACUGACCACAAAGGUCAGCUAUGGUGAGGGGCGCAGAACAAGUUCUGGUGAAGGCAGUGUGGAGGCAGGAGAAGGCCUGAGCCCAGGAGGAGGAGCGUUCACGCUGUUCAGAAGGGAAGCUUCCAAACAACCAUCAACAACACCGACGCAACAAACAUUGGGGGGCACGGGACAGUCCAGAUCCAGGAGGAGGGAGUUUGAGGCCUGGCUGUCCAAAGAGAAUGAACUCCUCUCAGGGAUCCUCAGCAUGAAGGGAGCAUCACUCAGCGCCAAACAACUCAAGAUCCGACAGGACACGCUUCAGGCUCUAAGGGCAAGACUGACCUGGGGUCAGGAGCAGUUCCAGCUGUUGCUGCUCCAGGAGAGUCAGGGCAGUGAGGCUGGUUCUGGACCAGCAGAAGAUGUGGAUUUGGAGGAACUUCGCUACCGCUGGAUGCUCUACAAGUCCAAACUGAAGGAUGUGGGAGACGUCAGGGUCAGGGCCAGCGCCAAGAAACUCCAAGUCAAACAAGAGGAGCCGGCCAUCACAGCAAAGGUGCAAAAGAAGCCCGGCUUGUGUCAGCGUGUGUGUCGGUAUGCCCUUCCUCUGUGGCUCCUCCUCCUGGCUCUGCUGCUCCUGGCCUUCCUGCUGCCCCUCAUGGAUGAAGGCAACAGCUGCUCCCUCUCCAACAACUUCGCCCGGUCCUUCAACAUCAUGCUGCGAUACGACGGACCCCCACCCACAUAGGAAAACACCUUUGGAUAGAGUAAUGUUACAUCUCACUCUCUACUGCAGCUUAUGAUGCUAUAAUGGGCCUUGGCUUAUGUAGGAAUGUUGACCUCUGACCUCCGAUCAUCAUGACUGUAACAAACCAAAAGCAGGACCACAACCUUCAGUUUAAUCUAAAGGCUUUGCAACAAAUCUAAUACUCAUUUUAAAAAUGACUCAUCUAACUAAUAGCUUUGCUAACACCAGUGAAUCAGUGACACAAUUUUCCUCCUUUAAUAUCACCUCUACUAUGGACCACAAUCUGUGAAGGAAACACAACUGAGAGUAGCACGCACAUCUGUAAACAACAAAUCCCACAAUUCUCUGAUGCUUCUACACAUUCAGAACCUCACAGCCCAUGAUUCUUUGCUGUUAAAAAUCAUGAUCUUUUAACUAUCAAACAACUAUCAUGAAGAAUAAAGUCCUGUAGGACUACAAGUCCAGCGCUCAUUAUAAAUAUUUCACAGUAUUAUAAGCGCUCUGUACAAGCUUAUACAUCCUAUAACCAAAGUCAUUUUUCUGCAAUCUAUCAGCAUCAUGAGUUUCUAACAUCUUAAAUAUGGUAGUCAGCUUUUAUCUAACGGAGAUGAAAUUAUGUUCAUCUGAACUUUAAAUAACUUUGCUCAUUUAUAAUCACCAAUAUAACCUGUUAGAGAUGCUUGGUAGAAGUCACUUUACAGCAGCCAGUUGUUGCAAUCAUGGAAAAAAAAAAAUUGCUCAGUGUGUUAUAUCAAGAAAUAGUUCCUGUUUAAUAAGAAACUAUUAGUAUAGCACACCAUCAUAUGAUUGAAACUUUAACAUUAUGACACAAAACCAACAAAUCAUAUUAAAAUGUCAGAUGCUUCUGUGAUACGCCAGCUAAUCUCAUUGGUCAAGAAACAAAAAAAACAUAAUUUUCCACACAUUAAACUUGACAAGACACAAAAAGAGACUCUUUCAGAAGGUGUCAUUUGACUGGUAGUCAUAUAAAGUGAUGUCAUGCUUUAAGUGGGCUGAGAGAUGCUUAUCCAAAGUCAGUUGGUCCAUACAAAUGUGUGUCAUGUGCCAGAUGAUCUAAACCAAAGACUACAACAGAUAUGACAGCGGAUAUGACACUGUUGAGCUCUCUCAUAAGCAACAGCUGCUAGUUUUAGUGCCACCCUCCAGUGGUCAGGCUUAGAAAACCAACAUAGACUCCCUGAGAUAAAGCAAUGCUUCAGCCAAUGUUGUGCUAAUGAUAUGUAGCAAUGCUAAAUAACUAGAUUGCAAAGAGCUACAAGGUGCAGCUUUAUAUGUUUUUUAAAUCAUGUUUAAUCUUUUAAUUAUUUAAUGUCAAAAAAUAUUGUGUGUUCUUAGUUUUACAAAAUCAGCCAGGACUGUCACUGUGUGUUCAUACUGAGAGCAACUUGGCUAAUGCUAAUCCCUCUGCAGUGACCUAAACAGAGACAUCAUACAUUUUCACCAUCAUCAUAUUGACUUUUCGGGUACCCGCGUGUACCAGACUCAAUGCAGGACUCUGCUUUGCCCAUUGUCAUAUAUCCCUGUGUGACUGUGGCACUUAACACACAGCAGUCAUGGGCUCAUGGGCAAUGGUGUUCUUUAAAUGCUGCCAAACACAGAAAUAUUAAAUCAAUAAUAGUACACCCCUGUCUACACAAAUGCAGUGACCUGUACGACAUACUGUCAAGCAGGGUGGUGUUCCAAAAGCUAGAUUUUUAGGAAUAACAAAAUGUCAGUGUGAUUUUGAAUAUAGUUUUCUUACUUUGGGAACAGGACCCAGACAUUCUGGUGUAACUUCAACACUCGGUUGUGGAUUCAGACUUUAGGACAACAGCAUACAUUACAAAUAAAUGUACAAGACAAACGGCACAGUCAGAGGGAGGCAGAUAGACAUUUCUAAAUGAAUUCAACUCGAAAAUACCCCAAACUUUGUUGAAGAGUUGUUGAUCGUGUUGCUCACAGUGUGGACACACACACACACGGUCGACUGAUCCAGUAACAAUUUAGUCGAAGUGGUACACAUGAAGAACGAAUGAUUGAUUGAUGACAGUUGAUUAACGGUUAUCCAAUGAAGGGCUGUCUGUCUGUGAUAGGGUUAGAGUUAGGGCACUCUACUCAUGUAGCUCUCCUCCCUACACUCCCUUCUCCUUUCAUAGAGUGUGACACAUUUCCUAAUGGAAACCACAUUUAAUGCUCUGGUUUAUGUUUGAGAAGGACAGUCAUAAUAUAUGUGUAGUAUUUGCAGAAUGUACUUUGAAGAACCAAAAAUGCUCCCUUUUAGGUUGUUUCUGUCUGUAGAAUAUUCAACAGUACAUAUCAAAGAUCUUUUGUGUUCUUGAAUGUAAGCUUUUUAUUUUUAAUCUUUAUUUUGAUCCUGUUAGCACUGAUUACAUAACAGAUAAUCUGCUACUACUGAUGCAGGAAUGAUCGUUAUACUGUAGGUCUGUUCAUGUUUUUUUUUUUUUAACUGUACAGGCAUCUCAUGAGAGCUGUUUAAACCUAAUUUCUCUUCUGAAGGUGCUACUUUGGCUUGAAUACAGUGAUCAGUCUUUUUCACAGCCUAAACCACCAGUGACAACAGUUAGAGAGCCGUCUGCUAUGGCCCCCGACAAUCUCUUGGACCACAGUGUACUCUUGGUUCCAGUGCCCAAGUUGUAAACCUGGCAAUCCCCCUUUUUUGUGUGUGCAAACCCAAAAUAAUCUGCAAUCACUUUUUUAUCCUGCAUUAUCUCUCUUCUCACACCACACACACUCCUAAAAAUACACCCACACACCUCCACACACCCUCAUACACAGCUUCUUUCCCUAUUUUGGCUGAGUUUGUGUGUGUUAUUGACUUAUGUUGCUAUGGCAACAGUGACCAAAUCAAGUUAUCUUCUUGUACAGCAAGUGUCUUUCUUUGCCACAACUUUACAGGUACUCCAGCAUGUUUCUAAUGUGAUGUUAAAUUCAGUUUUAUUUGGAAAUGAAAGAGCACAGGUGAGGACACUAAAUCGUGACUGUCCCAGGUUAGACAUAAAAGUAUAACUCCCAAAAUGGAAACCUUCUGACAGCCUCCACACUGUGUAUUUUAAUGGCCAUCAGUAAAAUGUUUUGGAUUUUCCAAUGGCACAGGAAAGAAAGAAGGUGCUGUUCUUUCCGCACAAAAAAAGAACUUGUGUGUUUUAUGCUGUGUUCACAUUAUUAUCGAAAAAUAGCUUUUCUUUUAUGAGUGAUAUAUCAUCCUUUAGAUUAAGAUGUAAUGUAACAAAAAUGCUGUUUAAGUCUGUGCUAGAGCUGUUCAGAAAUUACAUUUUGAUCACAUGAGAACUAACAUGUUACUCAUUCAAACUCGUUCAGGUGCAGCACACAAAGCCUAGCUGCAAACUGCACUGUUGAAUUAUCACUGUGUUCAUUAACUGUCUCUGCUGCCUCACUGACGGGCUAGCAGGUGACUUCAGAUCCGAUCACAAGUGGACAGUCGGGACACGUUUCUGUCACCACCAUGGAUGUAUAAAGAGAAUUGGAUAUAGUGUUGGAGGCUGGGGCCUCAUUCACCGUUUACUCUUUCAAACUCUUGCUGCAUGCUCACUUGCUCACACACAAGUGAUGUCAGCAGAAUACAACACGUCUCUUUCUGUAGGGCAAAAUGAUGGACGGUCACGCAACACUUUGUCCAACUCAAUGUGAAAUGGCGUUAGUGCGCUGUCACAAAAAUCAGUCAGUAUGUUUACAUGACAUCGAUUUAUUGUGUUAGUCCGACUGAAAGCAUUUUAAAUGGAAUUUCUCAAAAUCAGACUAACACACAGAUAAUGCGAUUGGGAGUCAAAUUACUCCUGCAUGUAUACAGUCAUUUGGACCCAAACUGGCCGAGGUGAUCUGCAUAUGCUCAACAGUUUCUCCCCCAUGCUUUGGCCCGCAAGUCAAAUAGCAUUAAUUACGUAACAGAAGAACAAACCAGUGACAACAUGGCGAAAGCUCCAACCAGAUCCAUGCAUUUUUGGACAGAUGAAAUGUACAGAGCUGUAAAGUUGUCCACCGUGGUACAAGUUUGCUGCUAGCCAACAGCAGCUAACUUGCUUGUUGAUUGUUUGGUCUGUGAUGUAGUAGGUCCACCAGAAAAAGGUCCAAAUGGGGCAUAUUGCCACUUAUUGUAGUGAGGUUGAACGUACUUCAGUCAAUAAAUUGAUUCCCCUCUGUGCUUGUAUACUGGGACAAGGACAGCAGUCCUAAAUGGCCUUGUCAAGCUAUAACCGUAGCUCGAAUUAACUGUGCAUGUAAACAUAUCGACUGUUUACACUACAAAAGAUAUGUGGUCCAAUGCAUUUCCAGACCACGUCAGUGGUGGAGUGUUUGGAUCCCAACGCGCCUUGGUGGUCAUUUAAACUUGUAUUAAGGGCUGUCUAAUUGUGACUGGAUCACCCAAGAUGUAUGUUAACACCAGGUGUGAACAGACUCCAUUUUAUCAUCUGUGAUGUCAUACCCAACCUGGCAUUUUGAACAGAUUGUCAGUUAUAAAAAUUGCAAGUAGCUGAAAACAAAUGCAUAUCGUCUUCAUAUUGCUUCUUGCUAGUGAGUUAACUGUCACAGACUCCCCGCUCCUACCACAAGUCCUUUGCUGAGCAAAGUGUCCUGUGCAGCACAAGAGCAUAGUUUUUCUACUAUAAUGUGGACACAGCUUUAUACAGUCAAAGCCCAAUCUGUGUAGACACUGACAUCAUCUGGCAAUUGAACUGCUAUCUGCUGCUCUUUGUGCCAAGUUAUGGCACUUUAUUCAUACCACCGCCAUGGAUAACACUUUGUGAUUGGCUGAGAGGUGCUUUUUUAAUCAUAGUUUUGGCUCGCACUGUUUACACUGGUUUUGGAGGUGUAUCCUAAACUAUGGACAAGGUAGAGGUGAAGAAAACAUAAUGGUGACAUCUGAUAGUUUGGGUUGCAGGAUUCUAAUCAAAUCAUUUUCACAACACAAAACUUUCAAAUUUAUGUUUAAACAUGGAGUUAAUAUCACAUACACUUUACCAACCUCACUGGUGUUUAUGACAAAACAUGAUUUAUUUGGCCGAUGACUAUAAUGUGUAAAUAUGCUCCAUGCAGCAUCACAUAUUAUUGAAGACAUGUAGCUGCCACAGCCUUAAAGCUUUAUGUAUGAUAUCCAGUUAAUCAGCUGUGCUCAGUGCCAUAACCAGUUGUAUUUAUUCAAUAUGUAGCUUUAUGAAGCCCUCAGCCAGUGUACUGUAUAACUCUUAUAUAACUAAGUUCAAUAUAAAGUUCAGUCCUGUCAUGUGUUAAUGCUGCAUUGUAUACUGAAUCAAUAACUAGGCUCCAUGGUACUGCUGCUUAUUGCACUGCCCGUCUCUGUCUUCUAUUAUGCAUGUAUCGCUUAGACGCCUAUGCAAUGCCUGGCUCAAAUAGUGUCCAUUGAUACCUUAUGCAACAUAUGAAAUGACUUGAAUCUCCUGAGCACAACUGGUCCUUUACAUACAGUAUGAGUGAUAAACAUACAGAAGAAGAAUAGUUUAAGUACACUUGUUAUGCAAAAAUGCCAGUGUCUGCUCUGCUCUUGAGCGAGUCAUUCUGAAAAUAUACAAGUAAUGAUUGACAGCUAAAAGCUUCUUUUGUAAAAUUCUAUUUUAUUAAUGUUUUGAAACAGAAGGUGUCAUAUUAUUCAAAAGAGUAUUUAACCAAUGUUUUUUUUUUUUAUUAUUAUUCUGAUGAAAUAA